AUGACUCUGACUGAUAAAAUUCAAUGAUCUAGUACGGCUCUACUUAAAUUCUCAACCACGACAUCGCCGCUGAUCUAGUUCAACGAUGAGCAAGCUCAACGCAGGCGCAUUCGAGUUCGUUCCAGGUCGCGCAUUUGUGCUACCUCAGAAAAGUCAAACGCCUCCUUCAAAACCUCCCCUCGAGCGCCCUCUCCAAACUGAAGCUCCACCUCCAGCUCCUACCAUCACCCUUAACAUCGGCGGAUCGAACACUCCCGUUGCUCCUGCUCCCGCACCCGCUCCUGCUUUACAGUCAAGAUCUGCUCCUGCUCCUACUCCACAGUCAAAACCUACUCUACCACCGUCUGUAUCUGCGAGCACCACACCAUUACAAUCUUCUUCUCCUACACCACCUACUAACAAAGUAUUUUCCACUGAACGAGCCAAGACAGACACCACAUCCAUUGCAAAGGAAGUCCAGGCUAUUGCAGACCAGGAAGUCCUUAAGGAUCUUUUUGGUGAUGUCAAAGAACAUCUUAACAUCGUCUUCAUCGGUCAUGUAGAUGCUGGAAAAUCAACUCUUGGCGGGAACCUCCUAUAUAUCUCUGGUGGUGUUGACAAGCGCACCAUGGAGAAAUACGAGAAAGAGGCAAAAGAAGCUGGCCGUGAAACGUGGUACCUUUCCUGGGCGCUCGAUAGCACCCCUCAGGAGCGCUCAAAGGGGAAAACCGUCGAAGUCGGUAGAGCCUACUUCGAGACAUCGUUUCGAAGAUAUACCAUUCUAGAUGCUCCAGGCCACAAGACUUAUGUUCCGAGCAUGAUUAGCGGUGCUGCCCAAGCGGAUGUCGCAAUACUCGUCAUCUCCGCACGCAAAGGUGAAUUUGAAACUGGUUUCGAAAGAGGUGGCCAGACCCGCGAACACGUCAUGCUCGUGAAAACCGCCGGCGUCAGCAAAAUCGUCAUCGUCAUCAACAAGAUGGAUGAUCCGACUGUCAACUGGGACAAAGGCAGAUACACUGAGAUCAAGGAUAAGUUGACCCCAUUCGUGAAAUCUGCUGGUUUCAAUCCCAAAACGGACGUCACCUUUAUACCUGCAUCUGGAUAUACGGGUCAGAAUCUAAAGGAUCGCGUAGCAAAGUCUAUCUGCUCAUGGAAUGAUGGCCCCUCCUUCCUUGAACAUAUGGACAACAUGCCCAUGGUCGACCGCAAGAUCAAUGCUCCCCUCAUGAUGCCAGUCUCCGAAAAGUAUAAAGACAUGGGUGCCAUCAUCGUCGGCAAGAUCGAAUCCGGACACAUUCGAAAGGGAGACUCUCUAACCCUCAUGCCGAACAAAUCUGCUGUUGAAGUCGCCGCCAUCUACAAUGAGAUGGAAGAAGAGGUGCCCAGUGCGAUCUGCGGUGACAACGUGCGCGUGAGACUCAGGGGCGUGGAGGACGAAGAUAUCAGCCCUGGAUUUGUACUCACGAGUCCGAAGUCUCCUGUGAGAGCGGUGAGGCAAUUCGAGGCGCAGCUUGCAAUUUUGGAACAUAAGAAUAUCAUUUGUGCGGGAUAUUCGGCUGUCAUGCACGUGCACACACUUUCCGAAGAGGUUACAUUGCCUGCUCUACUACACUACUUUGACAAAGCUACCGGUCGCAAGUCGAAGAAACCGCCUCAAUUCGCAAAGAAGGGCCAAAAAGUCGUGGCGCUCAUAGAAACGACUCUCCCCAUCUGCGUCGAGCGCUUCGUUGAUUACCCCCAACUCGGUCGCUUCACGCUGCGUGACGAGGGCAGAACAAUUGCUAUUGGAAAGAUCACAAAACUUCAUGACGAUCGCGUCGAUGAGGCCACAGAGGGCAUGGCACAUGUGUCGGUUGCGGCGUAAGGUGCUUGCGUGUGCUUGCAUCAUACUUCCAC